AUGAGCGACUCCAUGGGUGAGGGACAGGACCUUGUUCCUAUGACCCUUCCGGUGCCGGAGGUUAUGCACGUCUCUGAACUUGAUGUUACGGGACCGCUGCAACCUGGUGAUGACUGCGCACAGAAGUCGCUCUCGGGUAAUCUUCCGGAUAAAUGCAUGUCUGUUUCAUUUGCCAAAAGCUUGAGCGGCGUAGACCUCAGCAUUUUGACACGUUCGGCGGGAAAUGCGUCUCACACCUCUAUCCGAAGUGGCAGUCGUGCGAGGGGGGGCAAUACAGAAUCUUACGAACUCGCUGCUGUCAUGGUUAGAUCGUACCCACUCAUGACCGUUGAGGGAACGGCGUUUUUAAACACAACACGGCCUCCAAGCUCGCUGGGGGGAACAGAGCCAUCCGUGAGUCUUCGGCAAGAUGCAGGCAGUCCCUCUGGGGUUGCUACCGACGAUGAACCUCUGGGGGAGAGUUGCGUAAACUUGGCUGAAAGUGGUGAGCACAGUCGGACGUCCGCCAAUGUGAUGGCAAUCGCCACUAGUCUCAAGCGUGCUUGCAUGUGGCAGGUCAUAAUUACAAACUUUUUAGCGCACCGCGCGUGGAUGGAAGCAUUUCGCCGAAACAAACUGAGAUCAGUUCUUGAGGUGCACCUUCUUCCCGUGAUUCUCCGGAGACGUGGUAGAAUGAAUUUGUCAGGACGGUUUACGCGGAGGGUCUGUGUUCAAAAGCCUGAGCUAGUGAGUAGAGAUUCGACUGAUUUAUUGCAAGGCACGUACCUCUACGACACCGUGCCCAUCCUAAAGACCUUGAGAAACGUAAAGUUCUGUGAAGCACUUACGGAGACUGUUUUGAAAUACCGCUACAGCUGCGGCCAAGCAAUAGCAAGCAGCGGGAAUCCGGAGCAGAACGCUUUAUAUAUUCUCGUCUCCGGCAAGUGCGAUGCCAUCACCCCAGCAUCGGAGACAGGUGGAAAGGUGCGACGCCGACGUCUCCAACCAGGUGAAACAUUCGGUGGGCUAUUUGGUGGUAAAGCGAUAUUCACAGAUGUAUAUAGAGCCAUAUCUACCUGUGUGGUGUAUGUUAUUACUAGAGAAAAGUUUGAAGAGUUGUUUUCUCAGUACGCUGACAGCAGUAUGAAGGAAACAUUCCUUGGUGCGUUACGCGACCACGAGAUGGUGCGCCUAAAAAGGUUACACCCUCUACCCCAGUGCAUAGCGCGCGUUCCCAUAUACCGUAAAAGUGAGCAGCUUGCAGGACAGGUCAACGAAUACAUUAAGGGGUUCACACCAUUGGUGCUUUUACAAGGAGAUGUGCUCUUUGAGCAGGGAGAUCCUCCCGGCGAUGUGUUUUGCCUCAUUGAGGGGUAUGUCCUGCGCGAGCAACUUGGUCCAGACAUGAAGUACGAAAGCGGCACUCGGCAGGUUCUGGCACCGAACGAGCCGAACAAUAACUUCGCACUGAGCACGCGGUUCCUGCUAUUGGGAGAGGAGCCGCACAUAUUGCCGGGUCCGCUGCGCUACCGCUGCACUGUUGCCAGUCGUGCUGCUCUCUUUUUCAAGAUCAAUAGCGACAGCUUUGUGAAUAUGCUACUGGAUGACGCUAGUCUACUCAUUAGGCUUCGGCAAAAGUACAAGGAACAACUGCAGCAGUGGAUGCGAAUUGCUCCCGAGGCACUCAGGCAAGUUCCCAUGUUGGGGGAGAUGCCACGACAAAAUCUUAAUACCAUCAUUCACGCUGCGGAACCGCGUGUGCUCGAGCGGUACGUUGCUGUGUGUGAGCCAGCUCGCGUCAUCCGGGAGAUUUAUGUGUUAACGAAGGGCGAUGUACGGGACCCGCGUCAAUUUGAUCAUGUGCCAACGCAACCCCCCUCAUUACCUCCCACGGAAAGCGAGUCUGUAGAGGAAGAGGCCGCGGGGAAGCAGCGAAAGGAAAAGGUCACCAAACGUGUGCCCUCCCCACGUGAAAGAAACUCUAAGGCUCAGAAAACGGCCCAGCAACCUGUAUCGCCGCUGAAGGAAGGCCGUCCGCGGAAAGGAAACAGGUCUGUUGCAUCACUCGUUUGCAAAUACACCGACGAUAAUGCAGUUCAAUGGAGUUUUGAAGAGAAUACCGAACUGCUGAAGGCUACAAUUUAUCCCGAUGAGCGGCAGGAAAUAACACCGCCACUUCCAUUAAACCCGGAGAGGAAUAUUAUCUGCACCAUCGGUGGCGGAUGGGAAGGCCUUCUACUGGAGAAGUGGCCUACCGGUUGGGAGACGACGACAACGGUGGAACUCUGGGCCAUACCGACACUGGCCAUAAGGACGGAGUUCAACACUUUCCCCAAGGCGGCUCAAAAUUCUAUUCUUCGUUGCAUUGGUGAAGUGCAAAUGCGGGAGCUCGAUCUUCCCACCCCGCCGAAGGUGAAGCUUCCACCAAUGAGCAUCUACACCCCAAUCGAAAAGCGGCUAACGAAACCCGGUUUGAAUGUUGACAGGGCCCCCCUUCGUUCACCGCGUAAUGUUGGAGGAAGUGGAGCCUCGCACGACCGCUCCACCGCCGGAACCACAAGCAAAAUUGGGCGGCAGCAGGCUGAUGCUGCAAAUUCACAAUCCAGUUUUACGACGAGGUCGUCGUCAUUUUUCUCCGUUGACAUCAGCACCGUGAAGCCUCCGCCUUCUGCGCUGACAUCCAACAGGGAUCCCAAAACCAUGUCACCUAAACCGGCUGCAGUAGACACAAAGGUCCCCACGGUUCCGAAGACCCGCAAACAAUUGGCACAGGUAACCGCGGCUGAGUCGGCGCCUGUUGAACCUCGCAAAUCCAAGGCAGUGCCGGCCUCGUUGCUGUUGUUCCAACGGUUUUCCAAGAAAGUGACUGAGGAACCCCCAAAGAUCACACCGGAACUGCGAGCCAUGUAUGCUGGAGAGAAACCACAAAAAGGAAUUGUACGUGAGUCGCCUCUCAUAGAAGCUGACAAGCGACGAAGUCAUAGUUGUCUGCCGACGCUGCCCAUAACAGCUUCUGCAUGGCCGGUGUUGGCUGGAAGGAGGAAGCGGUGGUUUCCGAUGGUACCCACGUUUGCACCCCUUCCGGGAACCCUGGACAACGCGAACAACAAGGUGGAUCCGCCUCAUUUGGUCCCUAACACCUCCCACAUGGUUAUGCGUGAGAAGGGUUAUAGGGAUGUGCUGCAGUCACAAGUUGUUUAUUUUACUUCGCUAGCAAAUAGCAAAGCCUGUGAGGACCCAACGUACCUCUCGGUCUCCCCAUGUACAACUGCAAGGUCCCGUUCCUCUCGUCAUGGUGGGUCCACAGCAGCUCACAUUGGUGCGGUACUGCCAACGCCUGGCCGGCAUGCAUACAGCUCUUAG